GGGAAUCGAGGCUGUCAGAGGAAUUUGGGAAAUCCGCGGGGAAUCGAGGCCGGCAGGGCCACGUCCUGCUAAGCCGCACGCCCCAUGGAAAAGGGAGAUCCGGAAGGCCACCAUUUGGGCUUCACCAACCUGGCGAAUGUCAGGCACGACAAGCCUCGGGUGCCCGAAGAACCCACGCUGGCCGUGCCGCAUGAGCCAGUGCUCUCCGAGAAGUUCCAGCGCGUGCUGCAGAUGCUUGUGCAAGAGCACGUCUCCGAAGUGAACUUCUUGGAGUGCGAGCUGCGGGAUCUGCGGCGGAAGGAGCCGGCAGCGCAGCCCGCGCAGAAGGACAACCUCCAGGACUAUCGGUCUGAGUACGUGUUUCAGAACGAGACCCCCGGCGUUUGCUUUGAGGAGCUCGACCCAGAGUCCGCAGCCUCCAGCCAAUCGGCGCAGAGCUGGCAGAGCCAGACCGCCGGCCUGGACCACAAACUGCGGAAGCAGCACACCGUCACGGAGGUGCUCCGAAGGCAGCACGAGGCCAUGCCCCAUGUGGAAGCCAGCAGGAUCCUCGAGUCCCUGGAGGGGCUGCAGGGGGUCCAGGAGCCGCGCAUCUUUACGACGGAGGCAAUGCCGGGUCUCCUCUCCGACACCCCGUCCGAGUUUAUCCGGAGGUACCAGGGCCUCAGCAGGUUUCAGAAGCUGCAGAUGUUUCUGCAGUCUCAUCAGUUCGAGAUGAUCAUCUUCUUCGUCCUUUGCCUCAACGUGUUGUGGAUGGCCUUUCAGCUGCAGGUCACCGGCUCCGCGGGCGGCUUCCUGCUGGGCCUGGUGGAAGACCCGGCCAUGCGCCCCGGGGAGGAAGGCAACUGGGAAAGUUUCUUCGUGGUGGGCGACUUGAUCUUCGCUGGAAUCUUCACCUUGGACGUUCUAUUGCGCAUCUGCGUGCUGCGCUUGAAGUUCUGGAAGGUGCCGAUGAACUUCGUGGAUGUGGCCGUCAGCGCCACCACCCUAGCGGAGGUCACGCUCUACUACACGCUCACGCUGCCGGUGAACCCCAUCUUCUUCCGGCUGCUGCGCAUCGGCAAGCUGGUGCGCGCCGUGCGCAUGGUGACCAUGACCAGCAUGCUGGGCUCGCUGCAGCUCCUUGUGAAGUGCCUGGCUGCCAGCAAGGACAUGCUCUUCUGGAGCUUCUGUUUGCUCACCUUCGUGCAGUGCAUCGCUGGCAUGAUCUUGGGCACGCUUUGUACGGAAUUCAUCCAUGACGAGACAAAGGAUGAUAAGCUCAGAGAGAUGGUCUGGCGCUACUACGGCACCUUCACUCGCACCAUCCUGACGCUCUUUGAGAUCAUGUUCGCCAACUGGGGCCCUCCAUGCAGGGUGCUGGUGGAUCAUGUUUCGGAGGUAUUCUCCGUCUUCUUCCUGCUCUACAGGUGCGUCCUGGGCUUUGCAGUGCUCAAUGUGGUCAACGCCGUCUUUGUGCAGCAGACGAUGCGAACAGCCAGUUCAGACGAGGAGCUGGCAUACAAGCAGAGGCAGAAGGAGCUGGCCUUGUACACCAAGAAGGUGAAGCGGCUCUUUCAGAACAUGGACUCCACCGGGGACGGAGCCAUCAACUUGGAAGAGUUCUCGAAGCUCGUGCAGUCCCCCAAGCUGAAGUUUUGGAUGAGCCAGCUGGAGCUGGAAUACCACGACCUGCUUAGCCUCUUCGAGUUCCUGGACAACGGCGACGGCCAGAUCACCUUGACCGAAUUUAUUGAGGGCGCCGGGCGACUGCGCGGCACUGCCAAGGCCAUCGACAUUUGGCGCGUGGAGACCAAGGUGGAGGUGCUCUUCGAAGAGGUGCUGCACAUGCUGCGGGGUCCUGAGUCGGACACGCCAGACCCAGUGCCCAUGGUCUCCAGGAAGUCGAGCGUGCAGGACGUCUUCAACACAUCGUUGUUCCGGUUUAUGAAAAGCAACACCCACGACCACAAGACGCCGAGCCCCACGCCGCUCGUACGGACCGAGCCCCAGUCUCCGAGAGCGGAGUGAGCUGACGGGUUCCGGUUGGGCCAUGGGACGUUUCUUUCGAAAGGAACGUCCCAACCCCU